AGUGAGAAAGAAGAAACAGUUUUAGGGCGAGAAGCUCCAUUCGCGCGCGCUCGCUCGCUCGCCGCCAGCGCUGGAGCUCCCGCCAGAUCCACGAUGUCGAAUCCAGGUAACAUGACUUACGACGAGUCGGAUCGCCCCAGGAUGGGCGUGGUGAGGCAUUCGUCGCACAAAAAUGAGCUGCUCAUCAAGCCGAGGCUUGCGGCGGUAGCGAUUUCAUGGAUUCUCUCUCUUUCUUCCUACAUUCGUGGAUUUGCUUUCUUCAGGUGAAAAGGCCAACCCGGGACAUUCCUCCCGAGACGUUCAGCUACGGGAUCAUCGACGAGCGGGGAGACACUGUCAAGGAAUAAUUUGCAGCCAUGAUCCAUCGCGAGCACGUCCCAAAUCCUCAUGCAACCAAGGGAAAGGAUAUCCGAGCCAUGAACAAGAAGGCUCCUAAAAUGUGAGCGUCUUGCUUGCAGCUCCACAAGAUUAAACACAUAAGGAACGUUGUCCGAGCUGACCAGCAAAGAGGCUACAGGUUAGAGCACCCUCUCAAGUUGAAAGUGAAGAAACGUAUUUAGGCAAACGUUCCUCCUUUACCGUCGGUGAAAAAUCCCGACCACGUCUACGGCUUGCCAUUACCAAGGGGCGAAACAACAGACGAGUUGAUGACUUACAGCUAUGCCGAGGACUGGAUAAAGAUGAACCAGUACCACCAGCACGACCACGGUUUCAUCAAGCCGCAGUUCGUCCCUCCCCGAUCGACCAAGACGGUGGAAGUCCGCUCCGGCUCGUGCUACCAGAAGUACAACCCCCCGCCGGAGAAGGAGCGCUUCGUCAUGUCCAAGUUCAAGGCGGUCCAUCACAAGAUCGACAACGUCCAGACCACUCCACUGCUGCGUGACGAGCGGCCGCCAGUGUUCCAGACGACGAGCUCCAAGAGGAGGGGCGGUGUCUACGGCGCUCAAGGGGCUCUUAGAUACUGUGGCGAUGGCGACGACUAUCCCAGCUGCGGGGUGGCGGGCAUUAGAACCCGGCUUCCUUGCUCUGGCAUCUCGCCGCUACUGCCCCGGAGGAACGACGCGGACGUGGUCUGCGUUGCGGAUCAGCCACCCGGCAGGGUGUUGCUUCCCAGGUUCUACAAGCCGUGUAGCAGCAAUCCGGCGAAUCCAUGCGCUUCGCAUCCCAGGAGGAGCGAUCCCGACGAAGCCGUGACGACUGUAAGAAGAGAAGUUACUCUACGGGGGCCUCGAAGGAGUGAUCCUGACUAGAACUCGCUCGUCCUCGGUGGACGCUACCGACGUUUUCCGAAAGAGAUCUCCGGCAAACCCGAGACUUUGGUGGUGGUAAAAUCGAAAUCUUGUUUUCUUUCUGCGAACGAGUACAUUUGAGAAAACGAACCAUGCAUUUGGGAAAA